CGCGCGGCGAGUUGAACAACGUCGGGUUGGGGCACCGGUGCUGAAUCAGUUCGACGAUAGCCCGCAAACCGGCGAGCGAAGGUCCCGGCGCUCCGAGGUGUCCCGUCUCUCGCCUUCGACUUCGUUGCGCGUUGUCCCGAAAAGCGGGCGUGUCCAGUCUAGGCAGCGCGGCGGGCGCAGCUCGAAGCGAGCACCACAAGAGACCCCGAUCAGCAACGCUCGGAGCCCGUUGACGUCACCAGUCGCAGGAGUCUCGCGUGCCUACAGCGCAAAGCUCCACAAGACUCUCAGCAGCAAUGGACCGUGGCGGCCUGCCGUGCUGGGUGCUGCUUUGCGCCGUGUGCCUAGUGCAGGCGAGACCGCGCUUCUACGGCCUGGCUCCCAUGAAGCCCAGGAGUCUCACGGGCCUCCCUGAGUGCAUGGAAGACAGCGCUUGCGCCUAUGUGCAACUCAACCUCGCCGGCAUCAACUCCGAGCAACUGUGCCGCUGCUCCGACGGCCUCAGCUGCCCCCUCGACUGGGACCCGCUGGAUGGCCGCACCGUGUCGCACGGCAACGACCAGUACAAGUACUGCGGGCGGGCGCCACGCCUGGCGCGCUGCCUGCGCGACCAGGUGGUGUACAGCACGGCGGUGAAGCUGUCGCUGCUGACGGGCAUCAAGCUGGAGAACACGGCGCGCCUGCACUGCUCGUGCCCGCCCACGCACAUCUUCUACCGCAACCAAACCAGCCACCAGCAGUACGACAACGGCGUCACCGCCAUCGACGUCAGCACGCUCUGCAAACGCCCUCCGACCUGCGAGCCCGUGGAAGAGGACGCCUGCAUGGCCAUCUCGGAGUCCUUCGUCACCGGGACAGUUUUCGUGAAGCGCGACUGCGCCUGCCCCGCAGGCAUGCGCUGCCCGACCGACUUGGACCUGGCCGCAGACCGCGUCGAGCUAGCCAAGGGCACCUACUACCUCAUGAACUGCCUCCCCGAGCGCGCCUGAAUGGCGCGCCACAGCCGCCAAUAAAAGCACGCGCGGCCCUCAUCCGCCCUUUACCCUG